CCGGCCCUGAGGGGGCACCGCGCUCUGAGGGGGCACGGUGCCCUGAGGGGACCCGGCUUUGAGGCGACCGGCCCUGAGCGGGCACCGCGCCCUGAGGGGACCGGCCCUGAGGGCACCGCGCCCCGGGGACGUCCCAUCGGCCCCCUCGGACACCGAGAGGGAACAGACCGGGUGCGGUUGUAUCCGUCUUGAAAUGGGAGUGUCGAGUAUCGGACUGUGAGGGUGAGACCUCCUGCACCGUCCCCAUCUGGCGCUGACAAGGCCGCACGUGGCUUUAGAACCGGGCCUGGGGCGUAAACCAGACAAAGCCCAUAGGACACUGUGGGCAGGGGUCUCACUUUGAGGAGAAACAGCUUUAUCCAACUGCAACCUACGUCCUUAGGGAGGGAGAAGAGGGGCUGCUCAGGAAGAGCCUCACAAAGAGGUGUUCCCGUGAGUGAUGGUCAUCACUGCAAAUGGACAGAUGAUCUGAGGCAAAUUCUCACCUCUCUGGUAUUGCAACUUGCUCAAAGUGGACUCAAAGUGCCUAAGAAAGUAAUUUUACAAACAUUUCAAAUCAGUGAUCAAGCAUUCAGGUAGCUCAGAGAGGUGGUAGAUGCCCCAUCAUUAGAAGUGUUCAGGAUCAGGUUGGAUGAGGCUUGGAGCAACUUGGUGUGGCAGAAGGUGUUUCUGCCCAUGCUGGUGUAGGACUAUAUGACCCUUAAAGGUCCCUUCCAACCCAAACUGCUCAGAUUUGAAUGUGGCUGCCUCUCAUUUCUUUGGGGGUUAUUUUGCCUGUUAGGCUCUCAAUAUCCUUAUUGCUAUUUCUGGAUGAGGGUGGUUAGAAGUGCUGUAUUUACUGCUGAAGACCUGUUUCCUAUCUGUAUAGAUAACACUGGGAGCAAGAAGUAUUUAGCACAGUAGUAUCUUGUAACCAGUUUUAGCUGCAUGUCCUUCAAAAUGCUUAAGAAAAAACUUGGCACAAAAGUUGCUUUUCAGCCUCUUCCAGAUCCAUUGAGCUCAGGGCAGUUUGUGCAAUUCAUUCCAGUUUGCCCAGUGUGAGACUUGUCUCCUUGGGCACCAAGAGUGGAAAUACUUUCUUACUUCAGGAUUUGCUUAUUUGCCUUUGAGGAAUGAGAAUCAUCAGGUGAAUUUCUGUGUAGAGAUUAGAUGAUGAAAAGUUCACUGUCCACCUUUGAUUUCCUCAGCCUUCUUGUUAGGCACUGUGGAUUUUCUCAUGCUCAACAGAACUUUUGUGUGCUCAACCUCCAGCAAGUAAGAAAUUCUUGACGUGUCAAGGAGAGCAGUUAGGCACGUGCUUCAAAAAUCAAGCCGGUGCUUUGUUAUGAAAAGCUAAGGCCAACACUUCCUCUGUCUCAGGGCCAUUAGGAAAUUCCUAUGGACUUCUAUGGAAGUAGGUUGUGCCCUCUCCUCACUGCCAACUCCCUGUCUGGCAGAGGUUUUCCCAGGAAGGGCCAUCUGCUGCAUGUAAUGAAAUCGUCUCUCUUAAAAGUCAAACUGUUCAGUGAUCAGACUCCCUGUCCUGAGGUCACACUCCAAAACACCAGCGAAGCUGUCGGGCUGCCUCGGAGCUCCAAACAACACUCACAAAUUCAGCCUCCUUUGUCUCCAGCCGGGAGGCCGAGCCCAGGACCAGCCUACCCCAGAACAUCCACAAAGAGCUCAAGGGUGCACAGAACAAGAUCUGCACUUCAUUGAGAGCUAGAAUGACUUUUCUUGACCCAGAACCACAUACAAAGAACAAAACUUGCCUAGAAUUUGUUGUUGUCCUAAAUGAACUCGUGACAGACUUCAGGGUAGAAUGAGCAAAAUGGGAAACAUUUUGCACAAUGCAAGAGUUCCCCCUGUGAGGGUGAGAUUGUGUUGAUUUCAUCAGGUUCUGACUCUUCAAAAAUCAUUCAUUUACUGCUUGAGAAACUCAGCAAAGCAGGAGUUUUGUCUCCACUUGAGAAAUCCCUCAAACACUUGCCUAACACAGAAGACAACAUGGAUGUUAAAAAUGUAGUUAAAUCCCAGGCAACUUUUUCCUGCCUGAGGGAUUUGUCUGAGGAUAGUGAUGACUUGCUUCAUUUUAAGGGUGUGGUUGAUGUCACUGCUGGAAGAGCAGAGGAAUACUGCAGCAGACAGGUGCCUUCCCACCCCACAGAUGUAACCACUUGUCACACAGGCAACUGUUGCCUUAACACACAAGACUCUGGAUCUCCUCAGUCUCUGGCCAAUGUCCAGGCAUGUAAAAGGACUGGGCUGGGCAGACCUCUAAGCAGGAAUUCCCUGCUGGGUGAGCAGGCAGACACUUCCCUAGAUAAUCUCACCGAUUUUGGAAAAUAUGACUCUGAAAAUUCUGCUGCUGUUCUGGAGAUUUAUGCAGAGAAAGUAACAAGUGUAAGUGAUGACUUUUCUGAUGAUGACCUGGAGUACUUUGAAUGUUCAGAUGUGCUUACAGUGCAUGAAGAUGAAAUCUGGAAAAAGAAAUUAGAAUUUUUAUUGGAAAGUGAUGAAGAUGAUCUAAAGCUGAGUAAGGAUUGUGAUGGGUGUGCUUACUUCCUCAGUGAAAUGCCUUGUGUGUUCCAAGUGUCAGAUAACACUACGCCUAUGGAUACCCCCAUUGGCUUCUGUGAGCAUCAGUCAAAAAUCAAAGGAGUAGACGUAAGGAGAGACCCCUCUAUGUACAGCCAGUCAGCUCUGCAGACAGAGAUGACUCUCACUGUUGGACAGCACCGAGAUAAAAGUGCCAUUUUGAAAGACAAAGAGAAGAAUGAAGUGCCUGUUGCUUCUGCAGCCACUGGAAAUGAACAUCCCAGAAGUGAAGAAGAGACUAAUGGAAGUGACCAUCUGGCUGCAGGUUCCUCAAGGGACGAACCAAAGCCCACGGACGCUGUCCCUGCCCAGAGUCAAAGUGCUAAUCUUAAAAGUGUUACCCAGAAUUGUGAGAACCUCUGUAUGGAGCCCAGCACAGAAAAGGAAGGCAUCCUCAGGGCUUGUGAGAGUGCAGGAACCAGCCAGCUCUCUGCUGAAAACACGCUGCAAGUGAAGAAUGCAGAUUUACAGACCUCUUCUCUUCACUGUGCUCCUUGUGAAAAGAGAGAAGGUUGUCACCAACAGGUCUUCUCCAGACAAGACAUUAUUAGGAAUGGCAAAAAGCCAAAGAAUAAUAUUUCCCCUUCUCCUCUAUGGGAUAUGGACUCUCUUCCUGAUAAACAGGAAUGCUUGUGUGCUGUUCUCUCUUCUGCAAAGCUGUGUGAUGAGCCAGGGGAGGGAGAGCAGAGGUCUGGGCUUGACAUACAUGACAGCAGUAACCCAGAUAUUCUCUGCAGCCAAUCAGCCAAUGAGGCUGUGUCUAAAGCUAAUCCCAAGUCAGUCCUGGAAUCUGGAGAACCUGAGUGCAAAGGAGAUGCUGAUAUAUCUGCAGUGCAUGACAAGUUGUGGAAACUUCUUCAUGAAGAUGACUCAGACUAUCAAAUCCCAUUUGAAAACAGAGGCAUCCCAAGUUUAGGUACGAGGCUGACAGAUAUCAAAGCCACAGAACUGAACUCUGUGUGGGAGACCUGUUCCAAUGAUCCUUUGCCAAUGGAUUUGACAGAAGAGCAGGGGCCCAUCACAGAACCAGCUCAUAACCCCAGAACUGAGAAAGCUGAUUGCAGUGUUUCUGAUAUCCUCCUGCAGAGAGCUGCAGCAUGUGAGAGUGCAUCCAUAGGAAACAUUUGUCUUGCACAAGUGGUAGGAACAGAUGGUGCCUGUCUAAAUUCUGGCACUGGGAAUGAGAGGGAAACACCAUCCAUUUGUGUUUCAGCAACCAGUGUCCUCCUAAGUACCCAGGAGUGCUUGGAGCCAAGUCCAAUGGCCACGGGCAGGAAUGGAUCCACUGUGGCUUGGGAAGGGAAGCUUGCUGUUAAUAAUGCUGCCCAAACAUGUGAAGCAGAUUCUCCUCAAAGGUUACCAAAUACUCAGAGUGGUAAUUUAGCAUGUCCCAAAGCUGACAUAUCAGAUAUGUCAUAUGGGACAGCUGGACAGUUACUUCAUACUGAAUACAAAAGAGCCAUGACAAAUGAGUCUAUACCUGGAGAAGGCUGUCAUUUUAUGGACUGCUAUCCAGUGAGAGGAGAACUGGCUUAUUUCCCUGAAGAGGAAGACAUUUUCCCCAGUGAAAAUACCAGCCAGUUUACCCAUGUAGAACUCUCUUCUGUUAACACCAUACAUAAAAGUUGUGUAGUGAAUUUACAAGAAAAUGGAAAUCACUCAGACUUGACUGCACCAAAUUUCACUAAUUCUGACAGCUACCAUCUUUCAAAAAAUAAUGCCUGUCAGGAUUUUCAAAUUGUUUCUAAUGCACAGAAAUACAGUAAUAUAAUGCAAUCCCCUAGUUUAAUUCAGAUUCACAAAACCAUAACACAUAAGAAUCUACCCCAAAAUACAGACCAACUGACAGAAAUAGCAAAACAAGAAGGGGCAGUCCCUCCCCCUUCUGGGGAGCCAUUUUUAAGAGAUUUUUAUCUAGAAGUGCCCAGCUGUGAACCAUGUAAACCAGAAGGAGAACAGAGAGAGAUUUGCAUACCUGAGGAACACAGGGCUGAAGGUUCCUGUGACUCAGGAGUUAGUCAGGUUUCAGAGAGUCAGACUGCAGCUUCCCCUUGUCAUACAUCAGAACAGCAUUCAUUUUUUGUUGACAGCACUUUCAGGUCUGAUGAAGAGUUAGAAAUAGAUUCUUUAAAAAAUCCCACCUAUGCAGCUGGAAGUGUAACAUCAGCCAGUGCCCUGCUUCCCAAGGAAGCUCAAAGCAAGCACCACAGCACAGCAAGUGGGGAGGAUGGAGGUUCCAGGGAUUGCCUACAUUCCCAAGAGCUGCUUGGAAACAAAACCCUGCCCUUCCCCACAUCUGUAAGCCACUCAGAGGGCCUUCCCAGUGCAGAUGCAGUGGCAUGUCCUGCCACAAGAAAUGAGGGAAAAACUGGAUCCAUACAAACUGGAGUCAAAGUAAACAGAAAUUUAACUACAUUGGAAAUUUCCUGCAAGCCAUGGAAGGGUCUAUUCCAGAGGGUCCCUGGAGAAACCAAAGGAGAAGCAGCCAUGUGUGAAAAUGAACAUGAGAUUCCAAGAACUAUUGAAAAUAACCCAGAUGAAGCUGAAGCAAAGGCUCCUUUGCACCCUUUGACUGGCUCCCAGGCUCUGAAACAGAUUAUGAAUAUUAGCACAGAGCAGUCUUGUACUGACUUGAUCCGUUCCAGCAAGAUAGCUGAGGCUGAGAAUUCAGUUAAGUCCACUGAGUAUGAUAAAAUGGAGGAAGUCAGGACAGCAGAGAGUGUGGUAAGUGGUUUAGUUAAUUUGCCACCAGUUGAUUCAGGGAACAACCAGCAUUUUCAAGAACAACCACCCUGCAGAAGAACUCCAUCAUUCUCUUUGGCAUGGACCACACUUGAUCCAUUCCCAGUCAACACAGAAAGCCAAAGAAAUCAGGAAGGGUCAAAAUCCUGCCAGAUACCAGUGGCUGCUGCAGAACCUGAGCCCAUCAAAUGUAAAGAGGACACAACAAAGAGCGGGCAUGUAGCUGCUGGAGCUAAGAAGAAAUUACCACCAGCAACUCUGUCCAAAAAACCCAGGCUGGAGGAGAAGGGAAGUGUCAGCAAGGAUACCAGCUGUGUUAAAAAGUCUGGGAAGAGCGAGGGAGGCGUGAUUCAUAAAGAGGAUAGAAAAGAGCAAAGGAAACUCAUUUUGAAAAAGGAUAGCAAAGCCCCCAGGCUGCUGAAGAAGAUCCAAGCAGAGUUAUUCCCCGACUGCUCUGGAAGUAUUAAGCUGUGCUGUCAGUUUGGUGACAUUCAUGGUGACUCCACCAUUACAUGGACUAAAGAUUCCAAGAUACUGGCUCGGCUGCAGAGAAGUGCCCAGGAUGACUCUCCCGUCUCUCUGGAAAUAGCUGAAGCCAGUUACCAAGACCAGGGAAUGUAUUAUUGCUGCUUGAAUAACAUGUAUGGAAAGGUGACUGCUGAGUUUCAUCUGACUGCUGCAGUAUUGGAACGUCUUUCAAGUUUUCAGAGUUAUGAAGGUGUGGAAGAAAUCGAAUUCAUGCAGCUGAUGUUCAGAGAAGACCCCCUCAGCUCCAGCUACUUUGGUGGGACACUGCAUGGAGCAAUCAUGACAGAGGGGCUGCACUUCGGCGAGGGGAUGCACCGCAGAGCCUUCCGCAGCCGCGUGCUGCAGGGCCUGGCGCCCGCCUUCGGCCCCGGCCACCCCUGCGUGCUGAAGGUGCACAGCGCCCUCACCUACGGCACCAAGAGCAGGGACGAGCUGCUGCAGAAGAACUACAGUCUGGCACUGCAGGAAUGCUAUGUCCAAAAUACUGCAAGAGAGUAUGCAAAGUUAUAUGCAGCUGAAGCUGAAUCUUUGGAAGGCUUUGGAGAAGUACCAGAAAUCAUUCAGAUUUUUCUUAUUCAUCGCCCUGCUAAUAACAUCCCCUAUGCCACAGUGGAGGAGGAGCUGGUUGGGGAGUUUGUGAAAUACUCUGUCAAGGAUGGCAAGGAAGUGAAUUUCCUGAGAAGAGACUCAGAGGCUGGCCAAAAGUGUUGCACCUUUCAGCACUGGGUGUAUGAGAAGACCAAUGGGAACUUGCUUGUCACUGACCUGCAAGGUGUAGGGAUGAAGUUAACGGAUGUUGGCAUAGCAACCCUGGCCAAAGGAUACAAGGGGUUUAAAGGCAACUGCUCCUUUUCCUUCAUUGAGCAGUUCAGAGCCCUUCACCAGUGCAAUGAGUACUGUGAGAUGCUGGGGCUGAAAUCUCUCCGAACCACUCAUCAAAAACAGAGGAAAGCAACACCCACUAAAAGCAAAAAUCUGCCAAACUCAUCAACAGUAAAGAAAAUGGUACCCAAGAAGGCAAGAGAACCUAGAGACUUAAUUUCUUCAGAGCACUGAGUCUCACUAUCCCACCUUGUGAAACUACUCUUGAGGACAUGGAGCAGUGACACGCACCAGUGACCUGAGGGGCUAACUUUAGUCUUUUGCCUUUUGGCAUUGUUUUGGAAUCAUCCUCAUGCUGAUGCCAGCAACCAAGGAAGGAGCUGAUCCUCUGCUCUUGGUGCCUGAGAUUUAACACUGGGGCAAGGUUUUGAAAACAAAGACAUCUCCUGGAUUUCCUUACAGGCUUCUGUGGACUGGUGUUGGAGAAGAACAUCUCUGUGUCUACAUCCAUGGCGAUGUGGUUCAUCUGCUAUGGAAACAUCAAUAUAUUUAAGAUGCCAAGUACAAGGUUUGCACAGUAUUGCAUAUGCAUAUGCAUAUGCAUGCUGGGUUACUUAGAAGUCAGGAAAGGUGAAGUUUGGAACACACUGAUGAAUAUUAAAGUUACCACUUCCAUUGCAAAUCAGAGCAUAACAAAUCUUGGACUGUUCAGUGGGAUUUAGGCUUCUCAGUGCAUUGCUGGUACCUGGCUUUUGGAAGUUCCUACAGGUGAUGCCUAUUCUUUACAAUAGUGUUCAGAAGAAUUUCUGUGAGGACAUUGUGACUGUUUCCAAAACAGGAGGUUUGGAACAUAAGGCAAGGGGCUUGAACGUGGUGGGACAGAACAAAGCUAAAAGCAUUGGAUAAAUGGUGUUUCAAGUUAGAGGCAAUAGAUUUUUAUCAGAAUUUUGGGAAGUGUUCUGUUUGAAAAAUGCCAUGAGCAUCUCAGCCAAUUAAUAUUCCAAAUGUAUGUUGUAGUUUGGUCCCAAAGUCAGAGAUGGCUAUUGGCUAAUUGCUGUCUGUUUUAUUGUCCUGAUCAGUUCAAUGAAAGUCACAAGCUGACCUCUCAGAGGUAAACACAGCCCUAUUAAUGCCAAGGAAAUCCACAUUCCUAAUGAUGACAGUAUAGUGAUGAUUCCUUAAGAUGUCUGGUGUGCUUUACAGUGGGGAUCUGGAAGUGCAUGUGUGAGAGUGUGGAUUUCUCCUGUUCUGGUGCUUUUGCCUCUAAAAGAAGGAGCAGAGUCAUCCUCUUGUGCACGUACCAUGGUUAUUUAUUCCUCAGCACAGUGGGAAUAUGGACUGCCAGAGGUCCCAAACCUUCCUGACCUGAUGCCUUGUCUGCCAGGAACUAUUUAGUGUGAUAAUGGCGUUUGAUAGACUGGACACAAACACCAUUGUCACACUCCACAGCUCUAGGAGCAGGUCCUUAGCCUGGGGAAGGAGUGAUGGAGGCACACUGCAGACUUCAGCAGAGGGGGUUUCAAAGACCUGCAAAACAGACACAAGACCAGGUUUGCACAUAUUUAUAUGUGGCACAUCAGGGUCCUCAUGAGGAGGAGGGACACAGGAUUCUGAAUUGAUUUGAGGUGAAUAUUGUGUCUCUGCGAGCUGUGGGAAUGUAAAGGCUAAGUGGCUUUGAGUGCCCUUACAGACAAGGGAGAUGGACAGCACCUGAAAAAGUAAUCUGUAGUAUUCUGGAGGCAAAUUCCUGAGGAUAGGGAUGAGUCAUUUCUGCAAGGGCCUGUGUCUUCUUCUAAGUGGUGGAGUCAGCCCAAAAUCAUCAUCAGACUUUUAUAGCUAUGUCAGACCUGAGGAAUCACAAUGCUGGGGAUUAAAUUUGAUUUUCAUAUACUUGUUUUUAGCAGCAUUUUUGAGUAGCCCACAUACAAGACAGUCAAGUUAGUCUGUAGUUCUGGUCCCACUGCCCCUGUGCUAUUCCAUGAUGUUCUUCUGGGACACAUCACACCUGUACAUCAGAGAAUUACGCUCUAGGGUCCAUAGCUGUGGUGCUCAUCUCUGCACAGGCUGGGUGUUUCAGAGUGUUUCUCUGUGUGUUUAGCGUGCUAGCCAAAUAACAUUUCUGCACACUCUAAGUCUGAGAGUAGAAAACAUCCCAUAAAAGAUUAUGUGGACUCAGGAGUGGAAUAAGAGCACACAAAUAUGCUGCACAGGGAUUUGUAACCCAUGGAAAUUCAGUUAUGUGCCAUCAUCGCAUCUGAAUGCUGCAGAGAGGCAGAGAAAACAGAGAAGGAGCACAUGGAAGGGGGAGGUUUGAAACCAGGGCUGGGGUGAACAGCAGUAGCCUUUAUUUUUUGUAAGUACUGAAAAUUGAACUUUCUGGCUCAAAAGAGAAUCCCCUGUGGACUGGUUAGAAGCCUCUUGGGAGGGGAUGCAGUUGUAUUUUUGAGCCAAAAGGUGAGAAUGGGAUGUCUUGCUGUAGUGCUUUUCAACUCCCCUCUCAUUUAUUUCUAAGCUCAGAAAUGCAUUCCCAUUUUAAAUACUGCAGAGAAUUUGCUCCCCAUGUGUAGUAAACCCAGUAUCUGCAAUAGUCUUCUGGAUCUGGUUCUGCUUUAGCAACAGAAUGUUAAGGAAGUUAAAGCCCUGAAAAGGCUCAUCCUCUGAGAACUCCUCCCUGGGUUUAGCUUUCUCAUCAAUCCCUUUUUGUGAAGGGAGCGCAGUGCUCACAAAUCAGCCCACUCAAUUCCCAGCAUCAAACGUCAAGUGCCCGCACAGAGGGGAUACCAAGGCACCCAGGUGAGCUGCUGCCCACCUGUACUGACACACCUGAACCACCAGCCUGCUCUUCACGGUGUAACAAGGGUCUCCUCACCCUGUGAUCUCACUUUAUAUCUUCUGGAUCCUCUUCCCAAUUGUAAUAUAGUUCAACCAGUGUUUAUAGGUCAGGGCAGACUUAGUAGGGCUCUUAGUAGGGCUUAGUUCUUGAUUUAUAUCAGGGACCUCAGGGAAGGGUUUGUGAUACCACAAGUGCCACAAGCUGGCAGUAGAAACUGGGUUCUGAGUGCCCUUUGCUGGUGGACAAAACAGCAGAGAAAUGGACCUUCAGUGUCUGGUUACCAGAUCAGGCUGUUUCAUUUCUCUGUGUGAUUAUUACAACAGUAAUAAUCUGGCAUUCCCAUCCCUGCCAUGAAAGCAAGCCUAGAAAUGCUCAGGCAUGGCUGACAUCCAAGGGGUUUUCAUUUCCCACUAGUUCUGUCUGUGUUUUGAGUCUGUAGUGCUGCAGUGGGACAGAGCUGAGCAUUUGAACACACAUACAAAACAGGCAGAUGUGCAGGUCCACAGGUCAGGCUCCUUUGCAGUCCCAGCUAUGGAGGAGACAUCUCUGAAAGAAGGAGAUGAGCUGCAGCACACCCUGAGCAUCACAUGGCACUGAGUCUUUGGAAUUAAUGAUGGCAAAACCCCAGUCAUGCCAGAACAUUCUGCCAGUAAGGAUGCAGCUGUAGCCCAGAGGUCCACGGGGCUGUUUUUGGCAAAUGUGCCUGUGCUGCAGCUGGUGAGAGUGAGAAAUGAAUGCCAAAGGGACAGAAGAGCUGUACCUGGCUUUCUGAUUCACCUCAGUGUUGGUGUCUUCCCUUACCUUUCCUCAUACACAUUUUACUCAGCUUUCUCUCUGCAGCAGAGGGAAAGGAUCAUGUAAAUUCGUACUAAUGAGGCUCCCUGAGGAAAAGGCUGGCAAUCCUGUAAAGAGCAGGAAAGCCCAGAAAUCCUGGCAGAAGGACUCAACUUCACUGCAGAACACGUAAGGAGAAAGCAAGGCAGCUGAUGCCACUGCAAACAGGCAAUUUUUAGUCCCUCGGCUACAUGGAAGCUUCCAGCAAAUCAACAGGAAUACUUCCAAGACAAAAUAGCAUGCAAGAAAGAGAAAUGGUCGCUAGUUUUUAGUACUGCAAGGGGAAAAAGCCCCCAGAAUAAUGGGAAAGUUACAGAGACAAAACAAAGCGUAAACAUCAGAGGAAAAAAUCCCCCUUUUGCUUCUCUUCUGCUGGACAUGUGUGUAAAGAACAUCACUGGGAUGUUCCAAUGCAGAGGGCAUUGUGAAGAACAAAUGUGUUUUCAAGAGGGUUUUUUGAGAUGGGUCACAGAACCUGUACUUCUCACAUGGCCAGACCUGGAAGCAUUCCUGAUCCCCCAGAAAGUCUGUCAGCUUCCCCACCACCCCAUUUCUUAAAAACAAUAAACAGGGUGGCUUACACUACCCUAACAAAAGCCUAAUCUCUUUCCAAGUGCAGGUAGAGAUCCCUAGGUCCAAGACAUUAAAUCCUGUUAAAUUACACAGUUGAGCCCGGGGUAUGUGUGGAUAUUUUAGUAUGCCAAAGUGCUUAGUGUUGGAAAUCCACCUGCACUAUUUUAUUUUUGUUAAUCUCUUUUAGCAUUUCCUUUUCCUCACAUGAAUUUUGCUCAGGAGGGCACUUACCAUCGGAGACAACAGCCAAAGGAUCCUCUGGUGUGUUGCUAGGGCUUGGCAGAACUGGGAUUCUCUCGCUGGACAUUUUGCUGACUGUCUGUACUCGAAUCUUUGGAGUCGUGGUUUCUUUUCUGAGUUCCCAGCAGUGGGCAGCUGCUGCAAGCCUCUGCUUCCAGUGGACACCUUUCCCUCUCCCUUUAUGGGAUCCUGAGGUUUUAAAGUAAACAAUUCAUUCUUGUUCUGAUAAGUCAUAUUAAAAUAUUGAUCUGGGGGAGGGAGAUGACCCUCGCUGCACUGAGCCGGAGUCACCUUUAGUCAGACUAAAGAAUGGCAAAAAGCUCUGAGACUUCAAUUUUCUCUGUUCCUUUAGAGAGCACAUGUGGGGAGGGAAAAAUGCAAAAGAUAAGGGGGUUUCAGCUCUUUGUUUUGCUGAACCCUGAGAUGAAGAGUGUUUACUCUGGCUGCAUAUUAAUUGCUUACUUCUGCCAGUGAGACUGGUUUCGUCAGUUCCUCCGUGCUCAUCUCAUGUUCACUGCUGAGGCUUGCCAAUCUUUUUUCUUUCUUAAUUUUGAUGUACUGUCUGCUUUGCUUGGUAAUUUUCAGGGUUUACUUUUUCCAGCACACCUGGGAGGUAGGGGGAAAAGCCUGGCUUCAGUUGAGCCUGUCUGAACACCACUGGCAAACCCAGGAAUUGUACACACCUCCCAGGACCUCAUCCAACAAAGAGACCAUUGCAUAAACCUCCAGUUUAGGGCCUGAUGAAUUUCACUUUUUAGGCUAAAAUAGGAUUUGAAUCUGAGAUUUUCUCUGACCAUAAAAUAAAGUCACAUUUUAGGGAUGUGAACAUUUGCUAGUUAACUAACAGUUGUUUCAUCACUUACUUCCAUAACCAUACUUCUGUUCCAUUAGAACGUUUUGGAAAAGUCUGAAGUAAUAGUUUGGGGGUUUAGGAAGCAAAGUUUUCAAUAUAAAUACUUCACAAAAGUGAGGAACCCAGUUAUUUUACUGAUUUUGGCUGGAUGUGUCCAUCCAGCAGCAGAAAACCACCAUGAAAUCAAAUUUGGAAAACAUUUUGUGUCUUGCCCUCUCCUCCUUACACCUUCUCUGUUACCAGCUGAUGACACAUCUUUUUUGCUUAAUUCUGUCUUGGACUGCAAAUCUGUCAUGGCAAGAAUAAUCUACUGUUUCCUAAAAUGCUGAUUUCUAAUCCCAGUCCUGUUAUGUAAAUACUAAUUCCUCUUUUGGGACUGGUACAUGCACACAGUGUAAAGAUGACAAAAAUACUACUUCUACUAGUUCAGAGUCUGCCCUAGUAGUAGAACGUGUUUUGGGGAAAGUAGGUAUCUAAAAAUGACCUGUAAAAUUAUAUCAGCAUCCUGUGUGCAAACUCCUUAUGCUACUCUGAAAGUACAGAUGUGCAUUUGAAGUCUACAGAAGAUAUAUGACAAUAUGCUUAAUCAGAAAAAAAGAGGACAAUAUUAGGUCAAGAAGACCUCAUAUUGAAAAGAAAAUGACCAACCCAAAACCAAAAUACCACAUGCUGUCCAAACCUAGCAAAGAAAAGCUAAAAUGUGCUACUUUUAAUCACAGCAGAAACACCACUUAUUUAGUGUUUGUGGGUUGUGUUUCUGGGGGAAAAAAAUCCAGUUUCCCUCAAAAUGGGGCUCUGCAACUGUAGGUGAAGCACUGGUCACACCACAGGGAGCCUGGGGAAAGUCUGGAACUGCAUUGCAACAUCCAGUACUGCUGCAGACUGGUUGGGGUCCAGUUCUCUGAAAUGAAAUGCCAAAAUAUUGGGAAAUUCCUGGAAAAAGAAAUUAACCGGUUUGUUUAAAUGUUGCUAAAGUUGACACAGGGGCAGAUAAUGCAACAUACGUUGCACAUAGACCUGAGGGCCAGAUUUUUCCCUUGGAAAUAUGUACCUAUGACCCCAAGCAAAAUCAUCUAACUUUGAAGUGCAGUCUGACUGUGAGGCUGGCACUGCUCAGAGCAGAGGACUGAGUCCUGUGAUCUCCAAAAGUCCCUUCCAGCCUAAAUUAUUCUGUGCUUCCAUUUUAUAUGCAGAGUUCCUGGUGAGUAAGGUGUCACAAGACAAAGGACACUAUUUGAUCCCUACAAAAGCUCUUUCCUCUCAUUUAUCUUAUAUACAAUAUAAAAAAUAAGUUGAAAGAAAUCACAGGGAUGGUAUCUUUUCUGUGCAGAAACAGUGGAAGAACAGCUUCAAAACUGAAGGAAUAACUGCAGGGGCAAAAACCUGAGCUCUAUCUUUGUGGCUUUAUUCCAGCACAUAAUACUCUGCAACUGAUCUGGGCCUGACUAUUAUCAUCUUUGGAAAAAUCCUGGCACUGUCCCACCAGCUGUGGGUAUGGCUCCCUUGGCUUAAACUUCCAGACAAAUCUGGCUCAAAGAUUUAGGCCAGAAUCUUUUAUGGAGAAAAAUUACACAUAUCCAACAGUGGAACUGAAUUUAUCCCUUUGCUUUCUUAAUGUCAGUGACUAUGCUGACUCACAUCACUUUUGGAUAUGGCCAUAUAAGUUUUGGGAGGACAUUGCUACAGGAAUUCUUGGGCUCAGAGUAGACAAAGGUGGUGUUUAUCAGCUUAUCCCAGAGUACUGCAGCAUUCAAAGGGCAUAUUUACCACAAUCUCAUGGACAGAGGUAAGGGCUACAAGUGCUGGGACAGCUCAGAUCCCAGAGGAGAAAUGCUGUGAUCCUUGUCAGUCAAUGGCCACUGGUUAAAGAUUACCUGUGCUGGUCACUCCGAUGGCUGGGUAGAGAAAGAUUAACUCAGAGCAGCAGAAAGUUGAGCAAAGGUCUUUAACCUGGAAGCCAUGAUCUCUUCUGAUUUCUGCUGGGGAUCAGUAAACGAAAUUGAUUAGAGUUUCCCAAUCUUUAAACUCAUUACAUCAGUUCUGGAUCAUCCUGGCAUUUCCUGUAACCAUUCACCCUCUCACAGAGAGGGGUUGGGAAUUAUCUUCAGAUUAGGAGAGUAAGGUCUGGCUGGCAGUGUACCCUCCAUGACAUUGCUUCUUCCCCAGCAAAAUAGUUGGGGGCAGAAUUUAGGCAAUUUUGCUGUAAACAAAAGGCUAACACAAAAAACUUGUAUUUACCAGUCCCUCAGGGUGACUCCCCGUCUCCCAGGAGAUCUGCUGGCUCUGCAGACAGGUGUGCUGGGCACACCACUGUACAAAGGAUGCCCUAGGAUGUUUGAGGGAGCACCUUCCAGCUCUGUUAGUCCCCUGUCCCCUGAGCCGCACAUGAGGAUAAGCAGCUUCAUUAAUUUUUUGUCUCUGCAAGUAAAAAUUCUGUUUCAAUCCACUUUUCAGAACUUGAGGAGACUUUGGUGACCUGAACUCUGUCAGACCCUAGAGCAGUCUGUGCCCGGGGCUGAGGGUAGCUCUGCUGAGGGGCCCUGUGCCCUGCCCCUGUCCCUCCACGAGCCCAGCUCCAGCAGCCAGGCCCGGGGCAGGUCUGAGGCAGAGUUUGGGGCAGCGUGGACAGGGCUCUUGGUGCCCUUUGGCUUGCUGCAGGCAGCUCUAAUUGACUGCUACCUGUUUUAAUUGCAGCCAGGAGCAGUCCCUGGGUGACUCCCAUGUCUCAGGAGAUGCCCGUCAGCAUCUCCUGAGACAGGUGAGACAGGUGCUAGUUUUGCUCUUUUGAGAAAAGCAAAAAAAUCAGUUUGGCCCCUUGAGAAAUUGUGAAGACAAAGUUUUUAUAGUGGUUUUAUAACUCCUUGCAAUGUUCUGCCUGGGUCCAGUGGUGACUGGAGGAGCUCCCUACAGCUAGUCUGGCCACCAGAGUGGCCUAAAGUCAGGGGCCCAGAAGUAGCCAAGUAGCCUCAGCUUGGCACGGGAUGGACUUGGCUUUCCUUCUCUGUACUCAUCUGCUCCUAAUUCCCCAUUACACAGAAAAACAGUGCAGCCAUGAUGGCAAUGUUUUGGAGAUAGUGGUGACAAAAUAAUGAAGAAUGAGCCAUCGAGUGUUUUGUGGACAUUGCAGGCACCUUCCUUACUAUAUGGAAACUUCACACAGAUUCCACAUUUCGUCUAACCUGUUUUACCAACUCUUAAAGAUCAUUUCCUUCCACCCUCAUGGGCAGGGAUGUCUUCCACUCUCCCAGAUUGCUCCAAGCUCUGUCCGACGUGGCCUGAGACACUCCCAGGGAUGGGGCAGCCACAGCUUCUCUGGCCACCUGUGCCAGGGCCUCAUCACCCUCACAGCUGAGGAUUUCUUCCCAAUAUCCCAUCUAAUCUUGCCCUCUGGAAAUGUGAAGCCAUUCCUUGAGUCCUGUGAGUCCAGGCCCUUGUCCCAGUUCCCUCCCCAUUCCUCCUGUGAGCCCCUUAGGUGCUGCAAGUUUGCUGUGUUGCAGGGAACCUGUGCACAGAAACAGCAGGGGGGGUGAAAUACAGAUCUUGAGCUCAAAAUAAAGUGAGCACUGGCAAUUCUUGACCUAGCGCUGGGAAUUGCAACAUUAUGUAUCAAAGGAAUGGAAAGAAAUAUUAAUGUCUAGUACAGGCAGUAGAAACAGGCGUGGGAUUUGCACAGGUGUUCAAACAUGCUGAAAGUCAGUUAGUCCUGAUUGAGAUCAGGUGUGAGGGUGGUUCAGGGACCUUGUAACGACUUUUGGUCUAAAGUGAUUGUCAGUGUGGUGAGGGUUUCAGAAAUGGUUCUGCUAUACUGGAGAAGCUUACCCAUUGCAUUGGAUAUUAAAUUUACUGGAUAAUGACAGCUCUGGAGUUCCUGAGACUGCUGUUCUAGAUUGACUUGCCUGGAGAGACUUAAAACUGACAAAGCCAAGCAGUCAGUCCGGCAUUCCUGUCUACUCUGAUGCCAGCCACUGUCUUGCGUUCCAACUCGCUCCUCAGAUGGAAAGGGUCAGGCAGGAAUGUCAGGAAGCAUAUUUAAUAGAGAAGAAAUCUUGAACUGCACUCAAGUACUGCCCUAAUCAUCCUCAGGACCAGGACCAUAACUGCUGAAUGCUACUGGCAGUGAGGCUUCUUCCCGGCUGGGUGAUGCUGUAUCCCAGGCUCUGCAGCGUGGCUGGAUGCAGGUAAGGCUAGGGCUCAAAAACUGUUGGCAGUGAGGUGGAAGUUUGCUUUGGCAAGUGGUGUCAUCUUGCUCGGAUGCUGGGGAGCAGGCUGGGGCAGAGCUGCAGGUCAGUGGAACCAGCCCUGCUCCAGCAGUGCUGUCACCAUGUCACUGCACUGGGGCAAGCACAAAUCUGUCACCUUUAAUCUGCCAGAAAACAGAUGCAACUCAGACAUUAUAGAUUAGGCAUGCAACAUGUCAUAGGUAACAAAAUGGAUUAGAUAGCAGUGUAUAUUAAAUAAAUCUUUGUAAGUAAAAAAGAAAUCACAGAAACAAUUACUGAGGAACAUGUCUGCAGGCUCCGGUCUGGAGCUGGUGGGGUUUUCUCUUACACAGCAGCAGCCAAAUUCACCAUAGAAGGACAUGUGUAGUAGGAAGGAGUAAAAUCCCAUUAACUUUAUGCUCAAACCAGGUCGUACAGAAAGUGCCUUCAGAGUCGGUGCUGUUAGAAAUGAACAACCCCAGUGUUAAUUAGGUUCAUUAGCAAGUGCACACAAACAGGAGCCAGAACAGAGCUGUGUUCCAGAGUGCCAGAUUUCAUUUGGAAUGCCUCCAUUGCAAACAGGAAUGCAGAAAGGAUGGCAAAUGAAUCACUGUACAGAGAGAAUGACAGGGUUCAGCAUGUUCUCCUAAAAGGCUAAAUGCCAGCCCCAGCCCAGAUGCUUUGUAGCACAUGUACAGCUUGGCAGUAACGAGGCAGUUUCAGUAGAACAGAGAUCUGGACAUGCAGUGUCAGGGCUCUGCUGUGCCUUGACACUCUUCUAGUACUUAUACAAAAAUGCAACAUCCAGCCCAUACUUCUGGAUACAGAACAACAGUGAUGUGCUUAAUGAAGAGAGUUGCUUUUGAGAGACAGCCCGUGGAGAGAGAGCUUCCAACAGAGCUUCCUCCUACUCUCCUGGUUUAGGAAACAAGGCUCAACGUGCUUUGAAAAAAAGUCUGGUAUGAAAUUAAGAAAAAUGCUCAUUUUUCCAAGUAUAUGAUAUUUAAUUGUAAUGAAAUAAAAUCUGAAAAUGCUUAAAUCAAUUAAGAAGUAAACAUGAGUUGUAAUACUAUACCUGUAAAAUGAUUAAUUCCGUUCAUUGCCAUUAGAAAUUGUGUAAAAUAUUUAUUAAGGGCUUUGCCUACAGAGGCACAACAUAAAUAGAGUAAGUCCUGCUGAAAUGUGAUCAGUUCGCAACUGGUGCGGGAACAUCAGCAAGGCCACCCCAGGUGACAGCCCCAGCCUCGGGGCUCGGCCCCCGCACUGCCGGGCUUUGCUCCAGAGCCAGCGCCGGGCAACUGCUGCGCCACGAGCCCUCCGAGUCCCUCGGGCAGGUGCCAAAGCCAGCAGAACGUGCUUGGAGAGGGAAUGGCUGCUGCCAAGUUAAUCCACCCCUUCAAACCCUUGGGCAUUCUCCACGGCCAUGAGGAGCUUCUCCCGCAGGUCCUCGAAAGAUUCGUACAGAGGUAAGUCUAGGCGGUUAAAGCUGGAAGGACAAGGAAAGGGUCACUCAAAUAAUCCACGGGAACACAGCGUUUUAAAGAACUAGAAAAGAAUAAAUAAUUAGGGGUCUUGAUUAAGAAUGCAGCUUGUGGUCCACAGUGUUCCCUGCAUGCUUCACACCUGCCCAGGCUGAGCUCUCCAGUAACUGUGUGCUGCCUUCCUUUGGAAAGCUGGAGGCAGAAUUUGCUAAGAAUCGCUUCGGAGAGGAAAAAAGCCAACAGAAAGCCCUUCACUAUAUUUAGAUGAUGGAAAACAAUCUUUGUCAAAGGACUGAUUUCUUGAAGCUUAGCAAAGAUAUUCUGGAUUUAGAGGACAGAUCCUUUGCUCUCUGGAGGGGAAAAAGAUUAAACAUCCAAGAGUAAAUCUUCCGAAGGUAAAAGCCAGCAGAGAACUGGAACCCAAAGAGGAUGGGUUGAUUUUGCAGCGUGUUCAGGGUAGUAUUGUUGUGUUUGGUAGGUUUUGUGCUUUUGUUUUCAGGUUUGUUGGUUUUUUUUUAAUUAAAGCACAUUAUUCUACAGAAUUAUUAGUUUCACACAAAGAUCCCCUAAUCUGUAUUGAUAGUCUAUUCAGCACCAUUUUUCUUUAAAAAGCCACAUUCCUGAAAUGUAACAGAGCAAGACAAAUUUGUACUGGAUGCUUUCAAUGUCUGCAAAAUCUAUAAACCAGGGUUAAAUUAUGUUAUAAAAUUAUCUUAUAAGAUAAUCUUAUACCUUUGUUUUGAAUUCUCCAAUGAUUUAUGGGCUUUUUGUGGCUGUUUGGUGAUGUCUGACUUGCUGGAGUUCAUAACACACUUACUAGGAUAUGGGAAAUAAAAUAAUAUCCUUCA